AUCCACAACUUAUUUUCAUCCAAUUCCAAGCAUUUUGCAUAUAUAUUCAAGAACGAACACACUGCUCACUAUACAAAUAUCCUUAGUUAAACUACCUCAAUGGAUUUAAGUCGUUCCGGAAAAGAAAGCGGUGACAUAGCGAUCCCCGUAAGGGAGGUGAAGUCGAGUCGUUCAGGAAAAGAAAGCGGUGACAUCGCGAUCCCCGUAAGGGAGGUGAAGUCCUCUAAGUCAGGAAAGGGUGCCCCAACGGUUGUGGUGGCGGCCCCCACGAGACUUGGCCAAGCGUUGCCAGCGGGGUGGAAAAGAGGUGUUGCCAUUAUUGAUCUAAUUCUAAGGAUAUGCGCGAUUGCUGCUACUCUUGGUGCGGCAGCAGUCAUGGGUACCACUAGCCAAGAUCUCCCCUUUUUUACUCGGUUUUUUCAGUUUCAAGCUAGCUAUGAUGAUUUCCCUACAUUCACGUUUUUCUUAGCAGGAAACGCGAUAACAUGCACGUAUCUUGUACUAUCUUUGCCUUUCUCCAUAGUUUGCAUUGUUCGUCCACAUAUCAUAGGUGCUAGGAUGUUGCUCCUUAUUUUCGACACGCUAGCGUUGGCUUUGACUAUGUCAGCCGCCUCUGCGGCAGCCGCUAUAGUCUACUUGGCACACAAUGGAAACCCCAACACCAAUUGGCCCGCGCUUUGCCAGCAGUUCGAUGAAUUUUGCCCACGUGUUAGCGGUGCGGUGGUGGGUUCCUUCCUUGGAGUGCUCAUUUUGGCGGUUUUGGUGAUUUUGUCGGCCGCGGCUCUCCGAAGGAACUAGCCUGGAAAUUAUGUGAUCACUUUCAUAUCCAAAUUGUCUUCGUCUUUGUUCUGUUAUUGUGCUUUGAAGUUGGUUGUGUGUUCGGGGUUGAUUUGGUUGCAAGGGUAAUUAUGUCAUUACACAUCAGUUACAUUGUAAUUUAGUGUUUUUUCUUCUUUGUAAAGAAAACUAAAAAAAUUGACAUUAUAUCUGUUUUACUAAA